CCAAGGUGGAAACGCGAGUGGCUGACCGCGAACGACCUUCGAGGUCAUCAACGACACAGCAGAGGGGCUCGUCUCUGCGUUGUUGCACGCGCUGAUGAUACGGGUUUCCGAGCAAAAUAGAGCAAUGAAUGGUAACGUCCCCAUGCCAACGUAGCUGCAGUUUCGAUAAAGUUUUGUAACAAAGGAAAACCGGCACCAUCAGUUGUGUAUGCGCCGUGUGUGGUUUUGUGUAGUGCAGAUAGCAACCGUUCCGUACCCAGCGUGCCUUGAAGAAAGUCCAACCAAAGUGCCCUUGGCCCGAGCAAAACCCGUGCAAUAAAAGUAAUGGCCGAUAUCGGUGAAACGUCGUCUCCGUCGGUGGUGCCGCUGACGGAAGACGAUCCGGAACAGGCGCCACCGAAAGACAAGGGUCUGUGGCGCGAUCUGGUGGCCUACUGGAUACUGGGACUGUGCAACAACUACGGGUAUGUGGUGAUGCUGACCGCUGCGCACGAUAUUCUCAAGGAACUGGAGGGAGAUGACGGUGAUCACGCCAAGAGUGCAAUGUUGACCGACUACGGCGUAGCGAACACAACGGCACGGGCCGAUGACGUUACCUACGGCUAUGAGGCACGUCCGUGCAACAAGCUCUCGACCGGUGCAAUUCUCCUGGCGGACAUUCUGCCGGGCCUGGCCGUCAAAUCGAUUGCAUCGUUCCUUCCGCUGGCGAAACACGUUCGAAUUUUCCUGUGUGUCGCGGCAGCUGCCGCUGGCUUUCUACUGACAGCGUUUGCCACCGUAGAAUGGGUGCUGUUCGUCGGCGUUAUAGCGACCUCGUUCUCGUCCGGUCUCGGCGAAGCCACGUUCCUCGCGUAUGCGACGUAUUUCAACAAGAACGUUAUCUCCACCUGGUCUUCUGGGACGGGUGGUGCCGGUAUUGCCGGGUCCCUUUCCUACACCGGGCUGACGGAGCUCGGUCUGACGCCAAAGACUACCAUACUCAUUAUGCUCGUGGUGCCGGCCCUGGAAGCGGCCGCCUUUUGGUUGCUGCUGCGCCACAAGAACACGGACAAACCGGCCGAACCGGAGGAGGCGAAGGAAAAGCCGGAAGAGAUCGACUAUACCACCCUGCCCGAGGAUGAGCGACCGCUGGAGAACUGGCAGCAACGCAUCCGUUACAUUCCGUCGCUGUUUAUCUACAUGAUUCCUUUGGUGUUGGUGUAUCUGCUGGAGUACUAUAUCAACCAGGGGCUGUUUGAGCUGCUGUACUUCCCGGGCAUCUGGCUGUCACAGUCGGGCCAGUACCGUUGGUACCAGGUGAUCUAUCAGAUCGGUGUGUUCAUAUCACGCUCAUCGGUCAACCUCAUCCAGUUCCGGCACGUGUGGAUAAUGGCGGUGUUCCAGUUUCUGAACGUGGUGUACUUCACCUUCGAGGCGGUGUACUUCUUCACGCCGUCGAUCUGGAUCAUCUUUGUGCUCAUACUGUGGGAGGGUCUGUUGGGCGGUGGCGGCUACGUCAACACGUUCUAUCGCAUUCAAAACGAUGUGCCGGCCGCAAGACGUGAGUACGCGAUGAUGGUCACGUCCAUCUCGGACUCGGUCGGCAUUGCGCUGGCCGGUGUCGCUGCCAUACCGUCGCACAAUGCGAUCUGUGAUCUGCCGGUGCCCGAUCGGUUGCUCUAGGCAAGCAAUUGGCAGCUAGCGUUUGUUGUACGGGGAAUCAGGGGUGUUUUUUUUCAUAAGCACAAAAAAGUCAAAUAAAACA